CAGUAGCGCGGGUCCUGCCGGGCACAGGCGCAGUGAGUGCGAGCGGCGGCAGGCAUGGACGACGAGGAGGAAACGUACCGGCUGUGGAAGAUUCGCAAGACCAUUAUGCAGUUGUGCCAUGACCGAGGCUACCUAGUAACUCAGGAUGAACUGGACCAGACACUGGAGGAGUUCAAGGCCCAGUUUGGGGACAAGCCAAGUGAAGGGCGGCCACGGCGCACUGACCUCACAGUGCUGGUGGCCCACAAUGAUGACCCCACUGACCAGAUGUUUGUCUUUUUCCCAGAGGAGCCCAAGGUGGGGAUCAAGACCAUCAAGGUGUACUGUCAACGCAUGCAGGAGGAAAACAUCACCCGAGCCCUCAUCGUAGUACAGCAGGGCAUGACACCUUCUGCCAAGCAGUCCCUGGUUGACAUGGCCCCCAAGUACAUCCUGGAGCAGUUUCUGCAGCAGGAGCUGCUCAUCAACAUCACAGAACACGAGGCUUUUCUGCCCCUCUCAGCCAGCCCAGCAUGGCUUUUUUUCCUUACUGGGCUUCCCAGCAAACUCCGAGAAAACCAGCUGCCCAGGAUCCAGGCUGGAGACCCUGUGGCACGCUACUUUGGAAUAAAGCGAGGGCAGGUAGUGAAGAUCAUCCGGCCCAGCGAAACCGCAGGCAGGUACAUCACCUACCGGCUGGUACAGUAGCCACCCUACCAUCUGGCAGCCCCCUGGGAGACAGACUAAUGGACUGUGACCACCUUACCCAGGCAGUUGGCCUGCCUAUGGCCUGCCCUACAGGAAUCUCAACCCUGGAAACCUACCUGCUGCUUCUGUGGAACCCAAAGCAGGCUGCAUGUUUGCUUUCCCUGGGCUGAAGGUCCUUGUGGCCUCACCUGGACAUUGAGCCCCACCUGGGGUUCCAUGUAAUGGUUCCUUAGGAGGGAACAAGAUGCUGAGGGGAGGCCAGUGACCAAGACAGUCCUAGGUACUUUCCCCCUGGGAACCCCAAGCUGGCUCUCCACAAAUUGGACCUGGGUUUGAGUUCUCUGGUCAGCCCCUCAUAGUGGCCCUGUCCUUGACUGCCUGAGCACUCUGAGGGCAGCAGGUAGGGAUAUUAAAACGCAUAUAUUUUGAGUUGGUGUUGAAUGCUGGAUGUUUUAAAAUGAAAGAUAUUUUGUUUUUGUUUUUGUUUUUAUCCU